UUCUGUUUUAUUCCUGCAUGAAGGAUCUUAUAAUGUAUCCAAUGCUGAUGUCUAUUUUUAACCACCAUCCUAUUGCUCGCUUCCCCCAGUGUCUGUCUUCCCAUCCAUGUGUCUGUGCCUUAUAGCACUUUCUCUCAGUGCAUUGCCUUGGAUCAUAUAAUAUGAAUGCUCCUUAGCAGCAGCAGCCUACCAGCUUACAACACACAUUCUGUCACUGUGGGUUUAGGCAGGAGAUUUUCUUUCUUUUCUUUCUUUUUCUCUGCAUCCAUACCUCUCUAUCUGAUCUUUUCUCACAGUUCCAGAAAUCUCUCUCAUUGCUGUCCUUUUCCUUUCUUGGUCAAUUUCCCUUGCUUAAUUUGCCAUUCACUCUUUCUUUUGCCUUGUGCCUCUAUUCUUCCUUUUCCCUGUGUCCCUACUCCCCGCCUGCCUGUUUUAUCUGCCUGAUUUCUCUCACUCUCCCUCCUUCUUCAUUUCGGUACAGUAGCAUUCUUUUCAUAAAAAAGCACAGAGCCCUCUCUGUGCUUUUUCUCUGUGCCCGUUUCCUCUUCCACUUUAAUCAAUAGACACACCAGCAUGAGAGUUGCUCAGAUGAAUGACUCCUUGUGAAUCUCAGCCUAGACAUCUCUUUCGGUGACUGCACUGCACAGAGCUCGAAAGCUUUCUCUACUACCCUUCUAAUAUUCCUCUCCCGGAGGCAAGGACUCUGUCAUGUUGUCCGGUGGAAUAUGCCAGUUUGUGGGUCUCAGAAUACACCUUCUUACCCUCCUCUUCCUGAUUCUCUUGCGAGGAAUCCAGGCUGAAGAUAUCAAUAUAACACAGAAGCCUUCACCAACAAGUCCAGUGGAGCUGGUUCCCCAUGAACUUGUCAACAAUAAGAUCAGCAAAGAGAAUUCCCAGCUAAAAGAAACUGCAUCUCACAGCAUCCCUCCAUCUAGGGAAUUGCUUGACCCAGAAAGGCAAUCUAUGUUAUUCCACAAGGAGGUGUCUGAAGUGUCAAGCACUGCCCCAAACUUUUCUGGCACACAGACUCUGCCAACAAGAAAAAAACCACCAUCCUUAAAGCAACUGAACGCAGCAAGGAAACGUCUGAGACCCUAUUCCACCUCUCUUGUUUCUGAAAGACUAGCUGAGACAAGUGGGAGUUUUUCCAUUCCUACGGAAAAGGUCCAAGGAGUGAAGGAUAUUUUGUCUGAGACAAGAGAAGCAAGAGAACAUAUUCCGGAAUUCUCAUUAUGGGUUAACAGAAGACACAGUGGCACAAUUUCCCAGUUUCCUAUUCAGUUAACACCAUACACAUCUCAACCUGCAGUUCCUCAUAACUCUGAAUCCCUAAAAUUGCCCUCAUCUGAUAUAAACACUUCUCUGCAGGCAGAUGAACCUUUCAGAACACGUUAUGCAGACAAUGAUUUGAACACAGGAGAGGAAAACCAAGAGACAACAACAUCUACAAUUAUAACAACAACAGUUAUAACCACAGACCAAAGCCCAGUUCAAUGCAGUGUGAAUUUCUUCGAGCCAGAGGGAUACAUUGACUCAACAGAUUACCCCCCGCUUCCUUCGCAAAACUAUCUGGAAUGCACUUACAAUAUCACUGUCUACAUGGGCUAUGGAGUUGAGCUACAGGUAAAAAGUGUAAACCUCUCUGUGGGAGAACAGCUAGCCAUUCGAGGCGAAGGAGAGGAGGGACUAGUUGUAUUAGCAAACGAAACGCUUCUUGUUGAAGGUCAGGUGAUACGGAGCCCAACAAACCGCCUAUCAGUUCACUUCAGGACAUUUCAAGAUGAUGCUAUUGGGACCUUCCAACUACAUUACCAAAUUUUCAUGCUGAGCUGCAGCUUUCCCCGAAGGCCUGAUUACGGAGAUGUGACUGUAAUGGAUCUUCAUGCUGGUGGAAAAGCUGAUUUCCAUUGUAAUAUGGGAUAUGAACUGCAGGGCUCUAAAAAUCUUACUUGCCUAAAUGCAUCUAAACCACGCUGGAGCGACAAAGAACCAGUCUGCAUUGCACCUUGUGGAGGUAGAGUACAAAAUGCUACCGUUGGAAGAGUGCUUUCACCAAAUUACCCCAGUAACUAUAGCAACAACCUCUUCUGUGCUUGGACGAUUGAUGCCUUCUCAGGGCAAAAACUGCAUCUGCACUUCGAGAAGCUUAUCCUGAGCCACAAAGACAGGCUAGCUGUUUACAGCAAUGGAAAGAUCCUCUUUGAUUCUGCCAAAACAGAGACAGUGCCAUUUGAAGGUUUGAUCAGUGAAGGAUCAUGUAUAAGAAUUGAAUUCUCCACAGAUGAGUCAAAAAAUGCACCUGGGUUCAAUGUUCGCUUUGAAGCUUUUGAAAGGGGGCAUUGUUAUGAACCUUACAUCCAGAAUGGUAACUUUACAACAACAGACCCUACAUACAGCAUGGGAACAGUGAUUGAGUUUACUUGCGACCCUGGUCAUUCUCUGGAGCAAGGGCCAGCUAUCAUAGAGUGUAUCAACAUGAAAGAUCCCUACUGGAAUGACACAGAACCAGUUUGCAGAGCCAUGUGUGGUGGUGAGCUAUCAACACCUGCCGGAGUCAUUUUGUCUCCAAACUGGCCCGAUCUAUACACAGAGGGAGAAGACUGUAUAUGGAGAAUACACGUUGGAGAUGACAGAAGAAUAUUCCUUGAUAUUCAAUUGUUGAACUUGAGCAGCAAUGACAUACUAACCAUUUAUGAUGGAGAUGAGAUCACAUCAAAGAUUUUGGGACAGUUCACUGGAAACAGCGGCCCACAGAAACUUUACUCCUCCUCCCCUGAUUUGUCAAUCCAGUUCCACUCGGACCCUGCUGGGCUGAUCUAUGGGAAAGGACAAGGAUUUAUCAUAAACUAUAUAGAGGUGUCCAGAAACGACUCUUGCUCAGACCUACCUGAGAUUCAAAAUGGAUGGAAAACCACAUCCCACACAGACUUGGUCAGAGGGGCCAAGAUCACCUAUCAGUGUGACCCAGGUUAUGAUAUUGUGGGAAGUGAAACCCUGACCUGCCAAUGGGAUCUUAGUUGGAGCAGCGAUCCACCAUUUUGUGAGAAAAUCAUGUACUGCACUGAUCCCGGAGAGGUGGAACACUCCACUCGUUUAAUCUCAGAUCCAGUUCUCCUCGUUGGGACCACUAUUCAAUAUACGUGCAACACAGGCUUUGUACUAGAAGGAAGUUCUCUACUAACCUGCUACAGCAGGGAGACUGGGACACCCAUCUGGACGUCAAGAAUCCCACACUGUGUCUCGGAGGAGUCCCUUGCUUGUGAUAACCCAGGAUUGCCAGAAAAUGGCUACCAAAUUCUUUACAAGAGGCUCUAUCUUCCUGGGGAAUCACUGACAUUUAUGUGUUAUGAAGGAUUUGAACUGAUGGGAGAAGUUACCAUUAAAUGCAUCCUUGGUCAGCCAUCCCAGUGGAGUGGGCCUCUCCCUAUGUGUAAAGCCACUCAGGAUCGCUUUGAGCAUGCCUUACAAGUGGCAGAAGCAGCAGCAGAGACCUCUUUAGAAGGUGGAAACAUGGCACUGGCUAUAUUCAUCCCUGUUGUGAUCAUUUCUGUCCUGCUUGGAGGAGCUUACAUUUACAUUACAAGAUGCAGAUACUAUUCCAGUCUACGCCUUCCUCUUAUGUAUUCCCAUCCUUACAGCCAGAUAACUGUAGAGACAGAAUUUGACAAUCCAAUUUAUGAGACUGGGGAGACGAGAGAAUAUGAAGUUUCAAUAUAGAAGCAAAGGUUUCAGUCUCAUGAAAAGAAACCUUUAUGAUGCAAGACAUCAGUUCAAAAACAUGAAGGAACCUUCCCAGUGCUUAUUCCAGAGACUACUUGGAGUUGGACUAAACCUUUUUAGACCAUUAGUUGUAUUUUAUUUUGACUCUUUAUUGAAGAUGCCCUUUUCUGUAUUUAUAACAUUGCAUUAAAACAGGUUUGGUGAUGGGAAGAUCUUAUGUUUGGGGCAAAUGCUAACGUAUGUGUCUAAAAUCUUUGUGCUAGGACUGGGGCAAAUGCUAACGUGUGUGUCUAAAAUCUUUGUGCUGGGAUUGGGAUAAGUACAAGGUUAUUCUAAAGAAAGGUCUGCAGUUGCAAUAAUGGCGUAGUGACUCUGCCACUUACCAUACAUCUAAAUGUCUUCUUUACUACCAGUGAUGUAACAUGUUAACCCUGAUAGAACACUAGGAAGCCGAUGUAUCAAUGUAUUGGAUAAAAUGAUGAAUUUGUUUAGCUAAAAUUCUUCAAGUAAGCCUUUUUUGCAUCCUUUAUCCUUUCUAGUUUCCAAAUUAACAGAAUUUUAGAAAGUUCUUGAUGCACAUUAUAUGAAUAUGCUUUAUGCACAUAAGUGCCUACAGAGUAGAUCACUUUAUCUGUUAAAAAAAACUUGGGCACAAAAUGGCAGAUGAUCUCCCAUGAUCUGCUAGAAGCUUUGAAGGACAAUUAUUCUAAAAGGCUUUGUUCUGAAUAUGGGGGACUUGUCAAAGCAGUGUUAGUAUCUUGGCAGUGUUUAACAUCUACGUGUGCAGAGCAGGUGAUGGUGUGACUAAAACCCAGUGAUUUUGCAAAGGUAACUCACUGAGUUAAGCUUUGAUUAUGUUGGUGGCUAGAAUUCUAACCUAAGGGACAAACCCCCAUACUGUAUGUAAUAAGAGGCACUAGAUUUGCUCAGGUGCAGUAACCAAAAGCAACCAAUAUGAUGUUGCUUUUACAGGUGACCCGAAAAUUCUUUCUACUGAUGGUAACGUUGUCACCUUUUAUUACCUAGGUGUUGCCACAAGGCUCACUGGCUAACAGAGCAGUGACACAUUCAGCAAUACAAGUUCCAUUAUGUUCUUUUUUAGCAUCAGUGAUACAGGGACACAUGUUUCCAAUUGUUUUAGCUAGUCCAAUGGGUGAUGAUUAUGGGUAAUAUCUUACUUGACAAUCUAAUUACACUGGAGUAAUAUUUUGUGUUUACAGACUUACAGCUUUGUAAUUAUUCAUUCUACCUUUGUAUUAACCUAAAUUUAGUAGGUGUCAAACAUUUAUUUGAACUGUUUAUUUAGACAUAUACUCGAAUGUCCUUAUUGCAAAUGUCUAACCUUUUAAUGACUAAAUCCUUAAUUUGCAUAGUGAGUGAAGUUUUUAUGGGUCUCAGCACCAUAAACUUCUAGAUUAAAAAAAAAAGUGAUUACAAUGAGAUAUUGAUUUUUGUAUAUAAUAUUGUGUAGCCAUUCAGCUUCACUAAUCUUCUUUUUACAAAGGCUCCAUUAUAUUUGGCAACUUGGUUAAAAAGCAACCACCACACUCUCUAGCUUGUUUAUUUAUUCAUCAUAUAUUUACGUUCUGGUUGACAAAUGUGGAGCAAAACCACACAAUAACCAUGAAUCUAAAAGGUCGCAGAGGCACAAAGGUAUUUAUACGGAAUUAUUUCAAUAAAUGGAUGGGAUGAGGGACAAACUGAUGCAUAUGAAGAGAUGUAUGUGCCGGUGCAAACAAAACAAACAGAUUUCUUGAAAUCAAUUUUCUAAAUAAAAUCUUGUAUAAUAAUGUACCGUUUUAUACAAUUGUCAAAUGCAUUUGCAUCACGUUAUCUAGCAUAUUGCCCUUCAAUAAUAUGUGUGCUGUAUUUUCAACUCUUAACUGAGCACAAUGAAAAAAGGCCAGUUUUAAUAUUGUAUAGAAAGUCAUAUGUACAUACAGUUGGUUCCUCUGAAAACUACUCCUUCCCUGGGAAAAAAUACAUUGACAUUUAACUUGAUAAUACAUCUCCUAGAUAACCUAGAUUACUAUGUUUAUUGAUAAUGAUGGUGUUUAUGACUUGCAAAAUUACAUCUUAUUCAUGUUUUUUUCCAUUUGUAUUAAUCAAACAAAAGUUUUCACAUAAGUUUCUAGUGAGAGCUCGAUCAAAUAUUAACAGCUGUCCGAUCUUGAUCUCAUGUAUUUUCUUCAUGUUUAUUUGCUGGGGUAAAGAUCUUCUUGUUUUGUAACAUCUGUUAUGAAGAAGUCCAGUUGAAAGCAGGAAAUGGUUUAACAAUUCUUCUUGCCACUUUAAGAAAAUAUGUUUUUUAUAUAGUUAUGAAAGAUAAGUAGCUCAACACUGGGGAUGCCAGUUAAGGUGCUGGUAUCACUAAUGAAAUGGCCUUUCAAAGCAAUAUAUCUAUGACUGGAAAAAUCCAUUAACUAUGUUGUGUUGGAGAAAACGAAAACAACUGACAUUGUAUUUACUGAACUGAAUAUAACCCUUUGGUACAGUAUCAUUUUUUUUAGUAAUGUAACAUACUAAAAGUAAAUCAAAACGUAAAUCCCUACAUUUUUAUGCAUACUUGCAUGCAAUGACAAUAAAGGUGCUCUUGGUAGUAUGGAAGUAUGGAAGAUAAGCCUACCGGUCUAUAUAUUUUUAGUAGUUAUUCAUUAAAACUUGCCGACUACUAGUAGGUGGUUAUUUACUCCAAGGAUUGUUAUAUAUCUUUUCAGUAGUUAUUCAGUUAAAUCCUGCCUACUACUAAGAGCAAUUCUAUGAACAGCAUCAGCUCCAUACUUGGUGCCAAUUACUUGGGUUAUGGUUAGGAACGGAUACUGCUUACAAUAAAGAAAUAAUAUAACACGUUUUUGCAGCUGUCAGCGUUACUGUACAGAUAUGAAAGGGGAAUAUUUCACUUAUCUUAGGCCUUGCUAAAACCCUUUGUCAAUUUCCUGUCAAAUCCAGAGAGUCUUUUCAGGUGAUUGUGGUCAAGUCAAUCCAUUCCUUCUCUUAUGAACUGUUUCCUCAUGGGAAGAAGGCUUUGUAGAUCUCUUUGUACACUGUAUUACUAUUGCGAAGAUUUAGUCCCUGACAGCAGAGACUUUUGCUAGGAAAAGAAUUUUAUGCCUGCAACUGAUCUCUGCAUGGAUGAAUCAGCUCUCCAUUAAUGAGACUGGAAAGGACUAUGGAUUCUUUUGAAAUGAUGUGAUUUUUUUUCCUUUUUGAUGUAUUCUGUCUUAGCCAUGUAAAAAAACAAAACGGCCAAUAUUUUAACAGAUUACAUUUGUUUUGGAGGAUAUAAAGUGCAUUGGACUUUAACCUUGAAUAUUUAAAGAUUUCUUUUAAUAAAAAAUGUGCCAAACUCAAA